CUCAGAAUUUACGCUCAAAUCUUCAAGUAGGCCUAAGCUGCAAAACUAAGUGUCCAGUAGCCGCAUCCUGCAGCGGCGGAGGAUUAAUGGCUGACGAAGCGCCGGAGCAGACGCCUAUUAGUCCGGAAUGCGCGGAAGACGUUGUCAGCAACUGGCCGGCGGUUCAGUACGACGUCUCUCCCUACAAAACCUACCAUUUCUUCCAUCAGUUCAGAACUAACGAAUCCAACCCCAACAAUUUUCUCAAAGGCGUCAAAUGGUCGCCGGAUGGUUCGUGCUUCCUGACUUGUAAUGAAGACAAUACCCUCCGAGUUUUCAGUUUACCUUAUAAUGACAUUGGAGAUCCUGAUGCUCCAACAUCCACGCCUGAUUCUGAUUCAUACGGACCAAAUGUUGUUGUGAGUGAAGGAGAAUCUGCAUAUGACUAUUGCUGGUACCCAUACAUGUCUGCUUCAAAUCCAGAUCUAUGUGUAUUCGCAACAUCUACUCGGGACCAUCCUAUUCAUCUUUGGGAUGCUAAUUCUGGACAGCUACGCUGCACAUAUCGCGCCUAUGAUGCUAUGGAUGAGAUCACUGCAGCCUUUUCAAUUGGCUUCAACCCUGGUGGAAACAAGAUAUUUGCUGGAUACAACAAAGCUAUCAGAAUAUUUGAUGUUCAUCGCCCUGGGAGAGAUUUUGAACAACACUCAACUGUCUUAGGAAACAAAGAAGGCCAAUCAGGUAUUAUAUCUUCUAUUGCUUUCUCCCCCACUUCUUCUGGUAUGCUGGCUGCGGGUUCUUACAACCAGACUACUGCUAUAUAUAGAGAAGACAAUAUGGAACUGUUGUAUGUGUUGCAUGGCCAAGAAGGUGGGGUUACACAAGUUCAGUUUUCUAAGGAUGGAAACUAUCUGUACACUGGGGGACGGAAGGAUCCACAUGUCAUAUGCUGGGAUAUUCGCAAAACUGUUGAUAUUGUCUACAAACUUUAUCGAUCAACUGAAGGCACAAAUCAGAGAAUACAAUUUGAUAUUGAGCCUCUUGGUCGAUAUCUUGGAACUGGUGGCCAGGAUGGUCUGGUACAUAUCUAUGAUCUUCAGACUGGGGAGUGGGUAUCAAGCUUUCAAGCCGCACUAGACACUGUGAAUGGGUUUGGUUUCCACCCCUUUCUACCAAUGGCAGCCACUUCAUCAGGACACCGCCGUUAUAUAGCUAUUGAUGACUCCGAAGAGGAUAAAACUUUGAGCGGUGAUGAAAAUUGUGUGUCGAUAUGGAGCUUUUACUCUUCUGGAGGUGGUGGUGCAGUUGAAGGUGUUGCUGAUGUUUCAAACUGAUCCUACCGGGAUCUCUUAUUGCUCGACUAUGGAAGAAUGGAGCUACUUCAUAACUUUAUUGUAACAUCACAUCCUCUCUUUGCAUCUUUGUUUAUGCAAAAAAUUAUUCAGUUUCUAAAAUGAACUCGACUAUGGAAGAAUGGAGCUACUUCAUAACUUUAUUGUAACAUCACAUCCUCUCUUUGCAUC